AUGCUGGAAUUUUUGGUCCUUUUUACCUUAGCAGCUGGGCAAUGCGUCAUAACUCAGAGGGAAAGCAUUGAAAUAUGCCUUCUAGAUUUGUCUAAACAACGCGCUCCAAAUAGUAGUGGGAAUCUUGUUAUACAGCUGUCAUCAAAGGAUAUAUCAGUCCCACUUUUGCUACUUAUAAACAAAAAUUGGGAUCCACUAUUUCGCUUUAAUGCUACAGUUGAUAAUUAUCAAGUCAAUGCGUCGUAUUCUGAUUUCGAAGCUUGAAGCCAAAACUUGCCAAACAGCUACAUAAAACUGCCAAACAGUUCUCUUAACUCGAAUGAUAUUUUGCAUAUUGGAAUUUACUCAGAGGUUAUGGGCGUUACAUAUACAAUCUCAUGAACUCAAAGCCAAAGUAAUGAAUGCACGCCACAAUGCGUUGCUAGCAAUGGACGAUGCACAAAUAGUGGGUCGUGCGAAUGCGAUAGCGGGCCUUAUUCAGGCUAUGACUGUGGCGUUCCAUUCACGGGAUUGAUGGCGAAUGACACUGGAGAGGAUUUAGAAGUCAUGGCUGGGUCAUGAGCUUUUUUUUAUUUUAAUCUCUCAUAUACUAAAGAUUUUACUCUGAAAAUAUCAAACCCCAGUGGAGAUCCAAGGUUUUAUUUUAAGUUAUUCACUGAAGAUCAGUACCUCCCUAGCAUGUUCUAUGCUUGACUUCAAAUGUGGUUUGGCGACGAUGAAACUGCGAUUUCUUAUGAUUUCCCAAAUGGGGAAAAUUUACUGUGAACUUUCUCAGUAUUAUGUAGAGGGUCAAUCCCAUGCAAGUUUACUUUAAAAGAAAGCACGUAUUCAGACUCAAGUAAAAACUACAUAUGGUUGGUCGUAGCAAUCGUUGUCACAGUCUGCUUAGUCUGUUUUUUAAUUCCAAUUGCAAUUCGAACGCUAAUCAGAUAUCGGUCUAUAAGAAUGGCCCAGAUAAUUGCAGAUAGAAGGGCUAAUCCAUUAACUCCUGAAGAAAUGGAAAAACUCUUCCCUGAAAAAGAAUGAAGCACACUUGGAAAAGAAAAAGAAUCAUGUGCGAUUUGUUUAGAAGAUUUCGAAGCUGAAGCAAGAGUCAGAAUGCUAAGCUGUGAGCAUUUUUUCCAUACGAAAUGCAUUGAUGAAUGGGCACAAACAAAUGCAAAGUGUCCAUUAUGUAAAAAGAAUUUGAGCCAAGAAAACCUAGAGGCUCAAGAGUCUGAAAGAGUUGAUCAGGCAGAAAACCUUCUUGAGCCGCAAAUUGUACCACGUAUAGCGUUUGCUAGUUCAAUUGAUAACGAUGAGCACGAUACAAACCAAGAAACCCCUAUAAUUGAGCCUCUUCAGAAAGAGCAAUCUGACAAAACAGAAAUCAUUGAUAUAAAUUAA